AUGAAAAGAUUGGCGCUCCUAUUUUUCCUUCUUGGAUGUUCCAACGCCGUCACAAAUCCCAACGAUUUCAAGAUUCUGAGUGAUUUCAAAAAGGGUUUGGAAAAUCCAGAUCUUCUCAAAUGGCCUAACACAGGGAGAGAUCCAUGCGGGCCCCCCGUUUGGCCCCACAUCGGCUGCUCCAAAGGCAGAGUCACUGCGAUUCAGGUUCAGGGCCUCGGGCUCAAGGGCCCGCUGCCCCCGAAUAUCAAUCAGCUCAGCCAGCUUAAGAACAUUGGAUUCCAGAACAAUCGUUUCAAUGGAAAUCUUCCCUCAUUCAGUGGCUUGUCCAAUUUGCAGUAUGCAUAUUUGAAUUUGAAUCGAUUCGAAACGAUCCCUCUUGAUUUCUUCCGAGGAUUAAGCAAUGUGAUGGUUCUAGCGUUGGAUAACAAUCCUUUCAAUCAGAGUUUUGGAUGGUCUAUACCGAGUGAUCUAGCUGACUGCACGCGUUUGGUGAACUUUUCUUGCUCCUCUUGCAACAUAUUUGGGGAGGUUCCUUCCUUUUUCGGGAAGCUUUCGUCUCUCAGUUCGUUGAUGCUGUCGUCUAAUAGGCUCAGUGGUGGGAUACCCCUGAGCUUCUCUGGCUCGUUGCUGCAGAUUCUGUGGCUGAAUAAUCAAGAAUAUGGUGGCAUGAAUGGCUCUAUAGGUGUGAUUGGGAGCAUGGUUUUGUUAACUAAGUUGUGGCUACAUGGGAAUCAAUUCACAGGGCCCAUUCCUGAAAGCAUUGGCUCUCUAACGUCGUUGAGAGAGCUUAAUCUGAAUGGAAAUCUGCUCGUUGGCCUAAUCCCCCCGGGGCUAGCCCGUUUGAACCUCCAAUUAUUGGAUUUGAGCAAUAACAUGUUCAUGGGGACAAUGCCUAGGCUCAGUGCUGCUAAAGUUUCGUACGCCUCAAAUUCGUUCUGUCAACCCGACCCUGGUUUGCAGUGUGAUCCACAAGUUAACGCGCUUUUGGAAUUUCUCAAAUAUGUGGAGUAUCCGGUUAGCCUUGCGUCCGAGUGGAAGGGGAAUGAUCCGUGUGCAGGGCCGUGGUGGGGGAUUUCUUGCAACCCGAGUAAGGAGGUUUCGGUUGUGAACAUGAAGAGUAUGAUGCUUAAUGGCACAGUUAGCCCUUCGCUUUCCCUCCUAUCUUCACUUGUGGAGAUUCACUUGGAAGGCAACUAUUUGCAGGGGAGACUCCCACAGAAUUUAACUAUGUUGAGAUCACUUAGGCUGUUGGAUUUAAGAGGCAAUGAUUUGGAGGUGCCACUGCCUAAAUUCCCUACCAAUGUUAAGGUAGUUUAUGAUACUCCCUCUUCCCCAAGUUCGCAUGAAACAAGUGAUGUUGAUGGUAAUGUUGCGCAUUCGACAAAAUCAAGAUUCGGAAUCAUUUUGGCUUCUGCUGCACUUCUCACUCUUGUUGCGGUUCUUGCAAUCAUUUUCUGUUUAAUGAAGAGACGACGUCGCAAAAAUGGUGAUGUGGAAUCCUCUGCUAGUGGCGGGAUCCGGACUUUUGAGGCCAGCACCAGUCCGAUCUUCUCCCUCUCAUCGCUGCGCGAAGUGACAGACAACUUCGCGCAGGAGAACAUCUUGGGGAGAGGAGGCUUUGGCGUCGUCUACAAGGGGAAGCUCAAAGAUGGCACUAUGCUGGCUGUGAAGAGGAUGGAAUCCGGGGUGAUGAGCGACAAGGGGACAAGCGAAUUCCAAACAGAGAUCACGGUCCUGUCCUCUGUCCGCCACCGCCAUCUCGUCUCCCUCCUGGGCUAUACCGGGGAGGGAAACGAGAGGCUUCUGGUUUAUGAGUACAUGCCUCAAGGCGCUUUAAGCAGACACCUUUUCUAUUGGAAGAUGAUGGAUUUAGAGCCUCUGUCUUGGUGUAAAAGGCUCAUAAUUGCUCUUGAUGUUGCUAAAGGGGUUGAGUAUUUGCAUUCCAUGGCGCACUAUACCUUCAUCCACCGCGACCUCAAGUCCUCCAACAUCCUCCUGGAUCAUGAGCUCCGCGCCAAGGUCUCUGAUUUCGGGUUGGUGAAGCUAGCCCUCGACUCGGGGACAUCCUUCGCCACCAGGCUGGCCGGGACGUUUGGCUACCUCGCCCCCGAAUACGCUGUGACGGGGAGGAUCACUACGAAGGUGGAUGUGUUCAGCUUCGGGGUGAUACUGAUGGAGCUGGUGACGGGGCUGGUGGCGGUGGACGAGCAGAGGCCGGAGGAGAAGCAGUAUUUGGUGGAUUGGUUCUGGAAGAUAAAAGAGGAUAGGGAAACUCUGCUGGCUUGUGUGGAUCCUGCUUUGAAUGUGGAUGAGGAUGGGCAUGAUAGCAUAAUGGCGGUCGCUGAGCUGGCAGGGCACUGCACGGUGAAGGAUCCUAGUCGGCGCGCUGACAUGGGGUAUGCGGUGAGCGUGCUGGCACGGUUGGUGGAGACGUGGAGGCCGCACGAGGGGAUGAGCCGGUGCUCCAGCACUAGGUCGGAGAUGCCUCUUCCCGAGCUGGUCAAGAGCUGGAAAGAGGAAGACAGGGUGGCUGCUUUGAAUGCUCCUUCACAAUCACACCACUAG